UGACAUGCAGAGAGGUUUAUUUUUAACAACUAAACCGGAAGUUGUAUUUCCGACUACCUUUAAGCACCGAGCUAACUAUCACCGAGCUAACGACUUCAUCCCUGCGUGCCUCGGUGUUUUCGAGGUCCACUUGCUAUUUUAGUGGUAAUACGACAACUCAUUAGAAAAUGGCUCUGCUAACGCCGUUAUUCGCUUUCCUGUAUCACCUGCCGCAGGUGUACAAGUGGCUGCUGAAGCCCUACUAUGUAGCGUCUCUCUUUAUGUCUAUAGCCUUCCUAGUUGUCCGCAAGACGCCUGGUAUCUGCGACCACCUGGCCACACAGCGAGAGGACGGCAACUCCUGUGACUUCGACUGGAGAGAGGUGGAGAUCCUCAUGUUCCUCAGUGCCAUUGUCAUGAUGAAGAACAGACGGGCCAUAACGGUGGAGCAGCACGUGGGCAACAUCAUCCUGUUCAGCAAAGUGGCCAAUGUCAUCCUGUUCUUCAGACUGGACGUCAGGAUGGGAUUGCUCUACCUGACUCUGUGCAUAGUGUUUUUGAUGACUUGUAAGCCGCCUCUUUACAUGGGCCCAGAGUACAUCAAAUACUUCAGUGACAAAACCAUUGAUGACGAGCUGGACAGAGACAGUCGUGUAACAUGGAUCGUUGAGUUUUUCGCCAACUGGUCUCCAGAAUGCCAGUCCUUUGCUUCUGUCUAUGCCGAUCUCUCUCUCAAGUAUAACUGUGCUGGCCUCAAGUUUGGCAAAGUGGACAUCGGGCGUUAUGGAGAGGUUUCCAAGAAGUACAAAGUGUCUACAUCUCCGCUGUCCAAGCAGCUUCCCUCCCUGGUGCUGUUCCAAGGAGGGAAGGAGGUGAUGCGACGCCCCCAGGUGGACAAGAAGGGCAGAGCUGUAUCAUGGAGCUUCACUGAGGAGAACAUCAUCCGAGAGUUCAAUCUGAAUGAACUCUACCAGAAUUCCAAGAAACUUAACAAGACCAGAGGAGACAAGAUAAGCCAGUCCCGGUUCCCAGCGGUCCCCGAGGAGGAAGAGCCAGUGCAGCAAGGAGCUGACACCCAAGGGGAGGAGUCUGAGUCCAAGAAGGACAAAUAAGACUGUACGUCUGGAUUAGAGCAUGUGGUCUAGGUCAGCUCCCCCCCCCCUUCCCCCAAAUGAAAUAUCACUCAGUUGUGUGUUACAAAUGAACCACAGAGAAAGUCCAGGCGCUGAUGCUGGUGUGUCAGAGCAGUAGACUGCUUGAACAAUGAAAACUGCCACAUUACUUCUGCCUCUUUUCAGCCCCAUUUAACACUCCUCCUCCUCUAAAACCUGUCUUUCAUCAGCUGUGCAGCACAGUGGCCUCCACUUUAUUUCCCCUUAACCCAACACAGAGAACAAGUGUACAGUGUGGUGGAGGAGCAGACUGGGCUACAAUAAGCAGCUUUUGAAACCUGGUCCAGUCUGUCAGUGGAAGGCCUGGAAAUGUGCUGUGUGGACCUGCCAUGUUGCACCCAUGUCUGCACAGCACAUCUCUGACGGUUAAAGCUGAGAAGUCAGAGUCAGCUGGGUUCUUCUUAAUGAACAAUGAGGGAGCAGACAUGUGAUGCUACUCUGUUUUUGAUUUAGAUGGUUUUAUGCAACUAAUUUAAUUUGUUGUAGAUGUUUAAAUCUUAUUAACUGUAUAUUCAUGUAAACUAAGUUAUAACUCAGUAGAACACUGUGUGUUUGACAGCAUUCAUUUGCAGUGUUAAAUGUUCGGCUUCCUGUUGCUUUCAAUUUGAAAUGAAAGACAGUAUGGGAGCACUUGUUUAGCAUCAACACAUCUGCACGGCUCAGGUGGCUUUUCUCGAGUUCACUAAUCACUGGACAGGAUCCAUGUCGUACUACUGCGGGCAGACCAAGCUCAGCACUGUCAUUCCAGUUUUUCUGAUGAAACGUUCCAUCAGUUUUUCACUUGAUUUCUCCCGAUUCCCACUCUCUUGUGUGUGUUGUCACUUCAAUUCAGUGUAUUUGCCUCAAACUGUGAUGAACAGAGUUGUGUUCAGCUCUGUCAAUAUAAAUUUGCAGAUGGAGAUGCUACAUGCAUUCAUUGCAAACUUUCACAACACUUGAUUGGAAAAUAAAAUUCACUGUCUCUGCAGCAUAGUCACCUUGUUGGUUAUGUAUGUUACCAACAAGGUGAUUGUGUUGUUUUUUUAAAGCAAACGGCGCUUGUGCUUUAGCAGUGACUGACUCUUUGUACGGGGUGCAGUACUCUCCUUGGAGCUGCCAGCAGCCUCACAACCCCAGCAAACAGACAGCAUCCAAGUUGGUAUGUAAAUUUGCAGAUGCAGAUGUUUGUUUUUUUUUUAAGAAUAUGACUAGAGUACAUUCUACAUCUGACACAUCUCUACUUUCUGCAGAAAGGGGUACUUCCACGAAGUCAACUAUAUGUCACAUAAUGUACAAACAUGAACGUGGACCAUGAACACAAAAACAAACUGACAAAAAAGUUGACCUUUAAGGCCUGUGACAUGAGCACACCUGUAGACUGGCAUCAUUCCACAGUGUUGGUAAAUGUGAAUCCUUUACACUUGCACUUGUUUUGAAGUUGUGUUAGCCAAUCAAAUGCUGUCAAA